UCAUUAAAGCCGUGCUUCUUCGCAAAACUGGGACAGGACGGACUCCUCCGACUGACAUUCGAUACUUUCUUCCCAUUCCCUUCGAUUUCUCUUCUCGGAUGAGAUGGUUCUCCUCCCUUCUGAAUUCUGACAUCUCUCGAAUGACAACCGCGUUGAGAUUUAUGCAGAAUCAAGCAAAAUUAAUUAAGAAUUAACUGGCAUAUUGACUGACUUCUAUAGAUAUGAUUUUGAUCCUCAUCGAAGGGAAAGAUAACGACUUCAGCUGACAUUCAGUAUUUUUUUAAAUUUUCAAUUUAGCUUUUAGAAUUGUUUCUAGCGGUUAUAUAUUUUCUUUCAGCCGUUGUUACAGUUUCAGUGUACAAGCAGUUACAGUUUCUAUAAAUUUAGGUGAUCAGGUAGACUUUUAAACGAUACUUGAAGUUAGUGCUAUACGUAAAAAGAAUUUCAGAUCAACACUAAAUUAUAUGUAAAAAAGUUGUAUUACAACAGACAAAAGGAUAUUUGGUGAAUUUUUAAAUUAACUUUUAAUUUUAUCCCCCGUAUGAGCAAAUGGACUUCUCAUUAACUUAUAUUCCAGUAGCAACAAAAAAUCGCAAACGGCAGUACCGUUUUUGAAUUAAGACGAACACAAAAGAAUGUAUUGAUCUUAAAAGUAAACAUAUUUUACCAGCGCUCCUCUUAUUUCUUUACUCCUGACUCUAUCGCAGAACAAUGGACUUCAAAGAUGACGACGUUGCGCAAGACGUCAGCAGUAGUUCCACCUCCACCUGUUUUGCAACUCCACCGAAUGAAACAACAGAGAACACUACAACGGACCAACUACCCGAUCCGCCCACGCAUCGCCUUUUGCUGCCAUUGGAUCGCGUGGGAGUUACCCAGGAGCCUAUUGGACCUCGUCGCAGGGCAAGGAGGGGAUCUACACCCCGUACGCCCCAGCAGCAAGCACGGUCGGUAGCCAGGCGGAACGCUCGUGAACGCAAACGCGUGCGCCUGGUUAACUUGGGAUUCGCCACUUUGCGUGACCACAUACCUCCUCAUUUAGGGGUCACAUCUCAGCCUCCCAGUAAAAGUCGUUCCGGGUCCGGCAAUUCAGCCACAAAGAAAUUAAGUAAAGUUGAAACUCUGCGCUGUGCCAUUGAGUACAUCAAGCAACUUCGGGAGGCAAUCGGGUAUGAUGACAAGGACAGUACUGGAGCGUCUAACGAAGGAUUUUCAUCCUCACCGCCAGAUACUUCAUCUUCGCCGUCCUGUUGCACCACCCCGUCACCAGUGAUGAUGCUUAUGACAGAAUCGAAAAGUCCUCCCAUGUUCCACGAACAGAAGGAUGAAUUUUUAGACAUAUUUGACUGGAUGACAUUAUAGCAGCGAAGGAUGAAACUAACAUCUGUACAUAUUUUUAAUCAAUUUCGUAAAGGAAGUUCAGCUACUGAAGCGAAAGAUGGAAGAAUUGUAAAAAACGAAAAACAGGGAGUAAUUCAUCUUGAAAUUCUAGUCAAAUGGAAUCAGGAAAAUUAUAGCGUCAAAAUAUUUUCAGGUAAAUUAAAGAAAUGCAAUAUCUUCAUAUGAAACAGUAUCGCUAAUUUACAUUGUAAUACGUACAAAAGAAAUGUAUAUAUGAAAUUUUGUGUAAUUUAUAUAUAGAUUUAGGUAUAAAUUUGUAUGUUUUAAUAAAAAUAUUU